AUGAACGUGCGAGAAUUCCUCUCAAAUGACCAGACAUUCAAUGAGCAACUACCCAAAUCGGACCGAGCACGAAUGAGUCAAAUAAAGAAAAUAUUAGGGAUUAAGUGGAAUCCACACAAGGAUCAUAUCCAAAUAACACUAAAUCCAUGGACCGAACAAACAACAACAAAAGAACUAUUCUACGGUUCAUCGCCUCACAAUACGACCCACUUGGAUUCCUAG